AUGUCUGCCCUGCAGCUGUACUUCGCAUCCCAGGUCCUCAUCGAUGCUUACGAUGCCUUGAACCGCGUCCCACGAGCGCUGUGGGAUGAGGAGCGUCGAAUACAAUCCUUGCGGAGUGCUGGGCCACUGGCACAAGCCUUGCCGGCGCUUCUCAAAGAGCAGGCCGUCGUGGCGGCGAAUGUGCCGCCUGGAUUUCCCACCGAGGAGAUGAUCUCGGGCUUCCAGAAGCGCCUGCAGAACGGCGACGGAAGCGGAGGAGAGGCAGAGGCUCUUCCCGCUGCCUUGGCUCUCGAGGUGCCUGAGACUGCCAAUACGGUGGCCCUGGUCCUUCGCUGCAAAGGCUGCAGAGCGGCGGAGUUUUACCGCCGUCUCUGCGAAGCCGCCAAGGAGUUCCAGCAAAGCGGCGCCUGCCUCUUCGAUGCGCCUGCGCGGCUCACCAACUGCCUGGUCCAAUUGCUGUAA